AUGUCAAACUCAAGUCACGUCUUCCACUUCACUCUCUCUGCUUAUUUUGAUGUAGGGUUGUUCAAAUAUCCCUUGUUCCUGGUCACGUUGCUGCUUUACAUAUUCAUACUGUUUUCCAAUGUUCUGCUCAUCACCAUCAUCUGUCUGAACCGAACUUUCCACGAACCCAUGUACGUGUUUCUCUGUGCGUUGUUCCUGAACGAAGUCUAUGGCAGCACGGGGCUCUUCCCGUUUCUGCUUCUCCACAUUCUCCGCCGCGUACAUGUCGUUCCCGCUGCACCUUGCUUCCUGCAGAUCUACACGCUGCACACGUAUGGUCUGGUAGAGUAUCUUAGUUUGGCUGUGUUGUCGUACGAUCGCUACGUUGCCAUAUGCCGCCCCUUACAGUACAACAUGUGCAUGUCCAAGAGCAGACUGGCCGUACUCAUCGCCGUCCCCUGGUGCUAUUCUUUUGCUAUUUGUGGAGUUAUGAUCUUGUUAACAUCGACUCUGAGUUUUUGCGGGAAUAUCAUUCAUAAAGUUUACUGUGACAAUUUCCCUGUGGUGAAACUGGCAUGCGUUAACACUACAGGUAUUAAUCUUUACGGUCUGAUUAUUACAUUUAACCACAUCCUGCUACCACUUAUCUGCAUUGUCACAACCUACACAAGGAUUCUCAAGGUGUGUGUGGGGGGCUCUAAGCAAACGCGCCACAAAGCGUUCAGUACUUGUGCUCCCCACGUCGCAUCGCUGAUAAAUUAUUCUAUCGGCGUCGUUUUUGAAAUUCUGCAGGGACGAUUCGACAUGAGCCGUGUCCCGAGUAUGUUUCGGAUUUUCAUGUCCCUGUACUUUCUUCUGUGUCCACCCCUCUUUAACCCGUUAAUCUAUGGUUUAGCAUUGACAAAAGUUCGAUUUAUGUGCAAGAGCCUACUGUUUAGUCGCAAAAUCAGGCUUAAGUCAACUUUACCUGAAUAA